ACCUCGAGCCUCAACAGAGCGCCAGGGAGUUCAGCUCGCUUCUCGCAGCUUCAGCUUCAGUGCUCUGCUCCACGCGACGAGCUCCACUGAAGCUAGCUACUCUGCCUCUAGGCUCGCCAUGGCGUCAGGGGAAGCAGAGCCGCUGCAGUACACGACCACCGUGCUGCGGGUGUCCAUCCACUGCGAGGGAUGCAAGAAGAAGGUCAAGAAGGUGCUCCACAACAUCGAAGGAGUGUACAAGGUGACGGUGGACGCGGCGCAGCACAAGGUGACCGUCACCGGCAGCGUCGGCGCCGACGCGCUCGUCAGGCGGCUGCACAAGGCCGGCAAGCAGGCCGCGCUGUGGCCGGACCCGGCCCCUGCCGCGGUCGUCGAGGCAGCCAAGAAGCCUGAGGAGGUCGCUCUGGCGCCGCCAGCGGCGGCAGGGGAGGGCGACAAGGUCAAGGAAGGCGCGGACAUGGCGGAAGCGAAGCCGAAGGAGGCGGCCAAGGACAAGAAGCAGCCUGAAGCCGAGGGCAAGGAGAAGAAGCCGGAGAAGGACAAGGGCUCGGAUAAGAAGCCCGAGAAAGCCGAGGCCGCGAGACCCAAGGACGAGGCCAAGAAGGACGUCGAUGUGACUGCACCGAAGGAGAAGGGCUCCCCUGAGCCGGCCAAGGAAUCCGCCGCCGCCGCCGAGGAGGCGGGCGGGGAGGAGGCCGGCAGCGGCAAGAAGGGCAAGAAGAAGAAGAACAAGCAGAAGGACGGCGGCGAGGCUGAGGCCGCGCCGCAGCCGUCGGUGGCAGCGCCGGUCCCGGCGCCCGCGCCCGCGCCCGCGCCCGCGCUGGGUCCGGAGCGCCCGCCCGCCGGGUUCCCCUACUACGCGGCGCAGCCGGUGAUGAGCUACAACGUGGCGCACCCGAGCUCGAGCGUGUCGUACUACGCGCCCACGCCGGUCGGGCCCAUGCCGCCAAUGCCGACACCGCCGCCGCCGCAGAUGACGCCGUACGGGUACCCGCCGUACCCGCCCAUGAUGCCGCCGCCGGUGCCGGAGUUCCUGUACGGCCCGCCGGGCAUGCGGUCGUCCCCGCCGCAGGAGUCGUACAACAACAUGUUCAACGAGGAGAAUGCCAACUCGUGCAGCGUCAUGUGACUUCCGCGCCUUCGCGGCCGCCGCCUCCUCGCCGGACUCCGGUCGUUGGCUGGUCUGGUGCGCCGCUGCACGGCGUCGAGUUGUAGUUAGAGAGAGGCUCUCGUAAUGGAGGCCUCUCUUGUCGAUCGUGGUUACUAGGGAGUAGAGAGUGCUGGAGUACUGUCAAUUAGGUAGUCAAAGCUUCUCUUGACCAGAAUUCUCUCUCUCUCUCUCUCUCUCUCAAUCUCUCUCCUUAUUAUAAAUUAAAUUGCUCUUAGUGCACGCACCUUACCAUGUAAUCAGAUGAUCAUAUUCUAGUACCACUACUUGCAAUGUGUC